UCAGUAUAAUUCGCAAAUGUGAUAAGGUUCCGUUACUUUCGAAUAAUGGUAUAGGGAAAGAACAGAACGUUGCAACGUUUACUGCGGCGUUUUCAAUAACCUCAACAGUCGAAAACGAACGAUUGUUUCGAGUAGAAAUGCCACCAACAAAAAAGACUGAUUUAGAUAAAUUGGCAUGGGUUUGGAUAGAAAGCGUGGAGUUAGAACAAAUUGAAAGGAUACACUUGGAGACUGCUUAUAGAAUAGGUUUAAAAGCAUGUAAAAAUUGCAAACGCAAUUGUACAAAUAAUCCUCAAUGUUUAACUGGACUGGGGGAAGAGAAAUAUAUAAAAUCACAACCAGCAGAAGUAAUGUCCUUAGAAAGUUCUCUGUCUGAAUUACGAGACCCUACACAAUACGUUGGCUUAAAGAAUCUAGGUGCUACUUGUUAUGUUAACAGUUUAAUUCAAAUGUGGUUUCACAAUGAAGAUAUGAGAAGGAUAAUAUACAAAUGGAGCAUCACAGAUGAUCUAGAAGAAACGGAAGCUUUGGCUCAAGCUAAGAAGGCGGGAGUACCAUUCCACCCUGUGACGGCAGUUGGACAGUUGCAAUACAUAUUUGCAAUGAUGCAAUUCGGAAAUCGACGUCUACUCGAUCCAAUGAAUCUAGCUAUUGCGUUGUCAUUGGAUACUAGAACUCAACAGGAUGCACAGGAAUUCUCCAAGCUACUUCUCUGCCAUAUCGAAGGGAAAUUGCAGCAAACCGCAGAACUGAAGCAGAUGCUGCAGAGGCUGACUCAAGGAAAAUACAGCUAUAUCAAUUGCUGCUCGAAAUGCGGUACCGAAUACCCAACCUCUACUACAUUCUACGAAUUGGAUCUGCAGCUUGCAGCCACCUUGAAAGAGGCGAUAGAGAAAUACUUGUCUGUGGAGCAACUGACCGGACCGAAUCAGUAUCAUUGCGUUACGUGCAACGAUAAGAAGGAUGCGCGUCGAUUCAUACGUUUGGAAUCUCUUCCGGAAACAUUGAACAUACAGUUGAUGCGUUUUGUGUUCCAUAGAGAUUCUGGACAGAAAAGAAAGCUGAACUCUUUUAUACAAUUUCCGGAAGAUCUCGAUAUGUCUGAAUACGUGAGGUGUCCACCGCAAACUCAUUUGUACAGCCUAGUCGCGGUUUUGAGUCAUAAAGGCCCGUCUGCGCAUUCGGGUCACUACAUUGCUAAUAUAUGUAAUUCAAACGGAGAAUGGUAUCAGUUUAGCGACGAUAAAGUUGAGAAAAUGCAGAAUAAGAGAAUCGAGGAUGGUGUUAAUGACACUGCAAAAGUUAUAAAACGGGGGCGUAUACCGAAGGGUUUUCUUUCUUCCAAUACCGCGUACAUGUUGGUUUAUAAGAGAGUCACUUCCGAAUGGAGAGCAAAUAAUGUUAAAAGAAAUAGGAAGAAAUUAGAAGCGGAAACUAACAGUAAUAGCGACACGAUAAGCGAAGGAAAAGGGAAGGAUGAACCAAGUUCUAGUUCCGAAUCGAGUGGCUCCGAACAAGUACUGAAAUUCGACGUGGAAAACAAAUUAGAAGAAAAAACUUCAGAACCAUCCACCGAGAAGGAUCAGAUAAUUUCAGCGACAGUGGACUGUACUUUCGAUGAACCAAAUGGCAAACAUUACGAGUCUGAUAACAAAGAAAACCAACACGAAGUACAACCGAAGAAAUCGUUCACAAGAGGUGGAAGGAUAGACUAUAAACGAUUAAACGGUGCUGCCCAUAGAGCCAUGAGUUGCGGUGAACGUGAUUUCUACGAAGAGAUGGAGUUUGAUAAUUGGGAAGUGAGUGUUACGUUGCGUGAUUUGGUGAGGCAAGAGAACGUGAAAUACGAGUUAAGUCUUCUAGCUAUUCAACAAGAAAAACAAAAGGAAGUUGAAGAUCAGAACAUAAAGAGACAACUGGUCAUAGAUUUGUAUAAUAUUAUCGCAAACGCGGUCACCUGGGAGAAGUAUCAAUGGAUCCCAAACGAUUGGUUGUCGAAGUGGCUGAAUGGACACUCGUCCAUCGAUGGAGUACCACCGAUCGACAAUUCAACCUUGAUGUGUUCGCAUUUUCGAUUGGAUCCUUUGAAGGUGAACCGUGCUAAAUGCAUGCCAGUAACAGCCGCGAAUUUGCUUUACGACAAAUAUCGCGGAGGACCACGAUUAGAUGAAACUUCUCUUUGCGAAGCAUGCGUAAGACGUCGAUACAAGUUACUGCGUUUUAAAAUGUCCCUUGAACGCGACUACAAAGAAGUCAGUGAACUUGUACGGAACUUUAAGGAGCCGAUGGAGAAUAGCUACAUAGUAGGCGCUGAUUCGUUAAAGAAUUGGCGAAGACUGGCAAUGGAGAAAUUCAUGGACAGUAUGGAACAAGAAAUAGAAUACGAAGAGUGCCAGGAUCGGAAUGGUCCUCCGCAAGUCAGUAAAAGUACAAGCAAGGAAAACGACAGAUUGAAGGAAAUAGGGGAGGGUGAAGAGAACGAGGUUAUUAUUUAUUUUAACGAAGAUUUACUUUGCGAACAUAAUUCCCUGAAGACGCCGGACUCGUCGAGAAAGAUAGUACCCCGUGAAGCUUGGACGAUUCUCAGGAAAUACUUUCCAGAGUCCAAGGAAUACCCAAUUGGUUCUUUGUCGUGUUCGAUAUGCGAGGAAAAAAUGGAGAACGCGCAGAAGGCAAAGAAAGAUGACAAGAUAAAAGCGAAGCAGCAGAAGGACGAGCUGAACGAGUUGUAUCAUGGUAGAAACAGGAGCGAGAUAUUGAAAUGCAAAGACCCUGAAAAAGUAUUUUACAUCGUGGAAAAAAGUUUCUUGGACAGCUGGCGUUCCUUCGUUCGGUAUGCCGAAGUAUUUUCGAAAACACCACCGGUUGGUAUCCGGAAUGCUGUUCUCCUCUGCGAACCGCACAAAGGAUUCUUGUAUUCACCUACCAUCACCAGUGAUUUGUACACCAUAGUGACGGCCGAGGAGUGGUCGAGAUUAACUCAAUUUUACGACGUCGAUCAUACAAUCAGCAUCAGGAGGAUCAAUUCCGAUUUUCAAAUAGAUCCAAAUCUCUGCGCAGCCUGUAUGCUCGCCAGGGUGGAGCAAGAGCGUCUGGAGAGCUUGAAGUACGACAGAGCGACGAUUUACAUAAAGUGCGUGGAGGAUACGGAGGAAUCGAAGACCGAUUACGAACCCGAGAUGGCUGCGAAGAGACCGAAAAUCGAAAACGCGAGGCCGUCGAGGACCAGGAGGAACCUGAAGGGAUCACACGAACUUAAAGUAUCGUCGGAUAUCACUCUAAAGGACCUGAAGCUUAUGAUGAUGCAGAUCUGCGGUGCUGGACCGUACGACCAACACCUGAUGCUGGGCGAACACGAACUUACCGAUCACAGUCAGAGUCUCGCCGCCCUUGGUAUAUUUCCUGGUGCUCUUCUUACUUUAAAGAUCGACACGCCGAUAGAAAACGAGGCGGACGUGACGGCGGACGCGAGCAACCCCGAGUCCAGUUGCCCGGAAAAGGGUUUCAAGGGAACGGAAUUGGUGCCAAGCUGAUCUGUCUCGGCAACGAUCAGGGGAUAGAUAAAUUGCAUUAUGGCGAGACGUUUAAUAACAAUAGUCGAUUUAACAUAAAAUAUUUUUGUACACGAGUUAUCAUAUAUUAUAUGAUAUACAUAUAGAUAUAGCCUGUACGAUAAUGUAUACAGAUAUACAAUUAACGGAAUGCUAAUCGUCACCGGGGUGAAAGAUUCGGGAGAAAAUAUCGAGAAAUCAUUGUUUUCGUAUUGUUAUUAUUAUUAAUAUUAAGUACUACUAUUAUUAAUAUUUUACGCACAGAUUAGAGUAAAAGAGAAGAACAAAAGGAAAAAAUAAAAAUGUAGCUGCGAACGUGAAAGCAGCGGACAAAUAAAUCCAAAGACGAUUCGAUAUCGCAUUUUGCAAUUAUCGAUCGAUCGAUUAGUGUUCCGUAUUCUCUUCUCCAAUGAGAAACAAAUAAUAAUGUAACGGUGAAAGUGAUUGAUGAGAUGGUUGCGAAAAUGAUCGAGGAAUGUGAUCUUUUGAUUUCUCAUUUAGAGCGAUAGAGUUGUGUGUCGUCGAUAGAUUCGUUAGAAACGUAAAUCUUUCUACUCGUGAGUCUUAGGGAAACUUUUGGAAAUCAAAAAUCAAAAGAUGCCUUAUCGCAGUAGUAAUUAAACGACGAGUCGCACCUUUGGUAUUAAUGAUAACUGUAAUUACUCGAAGUCCUUCUCUUUAUACCUUAUAAAAGGAUAACAAAGAGAUGUUGUAAUUUGAUUUGUAAAAAAAAUACUCGCGAUUUUGAAGUUCGACAAAGAUCUCGGCACUUUUUGUUAACCCUUCCUAAACAGCUGGCACUGGUACAAUUUUUUAAAGAAUUUAUGAAACGUGCUUAGAUUGCAAAUAAUUAAGAUGUACAUUGUAAAAAGAAAAUAUAGAACUUGGAUCAUUUCCACGAACCAUUCUCAGUUUUUUAAGUUUCUAAUAGCAACAUGAGUGAUAUACCCGUGUUGUUGUUUUUUUUUAAAAUCAUUUCGUUCUGAUUAGGUGCUGAUAUUAGCUAUUGUAAAACAAUUUUUAGAAAGAUUUUACUCGAGUUGGGGAUUCAUUUCGAUCGGAGGAGCCGGGUUUUUAUUUCACCCAGUGUGUCAUUUUAUUUUCUGAAUUUUAUACUACUGUCGUUUCAAAAUUUCAGUGGCCCACGAUCAAACAGCACCGUUGUAUUAUAUAAUGGAUUUUACAGAUUUGGGUCACGAUUGACCCGGCUCAACUAUUCGAUGGUGUUAAUACGUACGCUGUAUUUGAACGCCAGUUAUUACACUGACAGAGAAAAAAAAGGUGCUUUCGCGUACUUUAAUUACCGCCUCCAGCUAAUGUUUUUUUCUCCUCUUAAUUUCCGGACAUAAUUAACUGCAACUGCGUGUCGCUGUCGUUGCGUAGACAAUGGUUAUUAGGUGUGUUCGAACGAUUUAGGAAUGAUAUAGGAAUAAUUUACUGUUCGUCGUAGAAGGUAAGAAAAUAAAAAGGGCACGGUAGUGCUGGUCGUGCAUAAUAAUUGUUCUUCUUAUUCCCAAUAUUCACUAUGAAUUUUCUUUUUUCAUUUACGAGGAAAAAGGGUGUAGGAUUUUUCAGAACGGAAGGAGAGCGAGGAUUUGCAAGGACCCUCGGGAUUGUUUAUAAAGCACAGGUGUUUUAACAAAUAGCUGGAAAGGAAGGUGGCGCGUUCCGUCAAGAUUAGAACUCGCAUGCGGGUCCUUCGUAAUACGAAUUAGGGAAAAAGCUUGAUUACCGUGGCAUUUGUAAGGAUUAGAAAGAAAAUAAGUAAAAAAAGGAAGGGACUUAGCGCAGGAAAUCUGGCGCACCCUAAUAAUCCGUCGCGACAUCUCUGAAUCUCCGGUUUCCCUCUGCCUUUUUUUUAAAUUUAGAACAUUCUUUUUUAUAUUUCAGCAAAAUUAUAAUAAUCAUGAAUAUUAAAUUAGCGUUAUAAAAGAGUCAUACCGGGGGACAGAAUUUGGAUACCAAAACAAGGGUUGAUGUUAAUUAAUUAAAUCUAUACGGCACGGCAACGAUUUAUAAGGAAGUUUAAUUAUCCAGUGGCAAGUUUAAUGUAGUUAGACCCAUUGAACUGCCGGCAAGAUUGUUUUACAAAAGUAAAUGAGCCAAUGAUGACUCGAGAAUUUGGGACCACCUAGAAACCAGGCGAACUCUUCCAGCCUUGCCUGAAAACUUCUCGGCAACUAAUUAACGUACAACCAUCAAAAUACGAUCCCAUAAUUUCGAUCCAAUUUUAUAUGAAAAAAGUUCAAAUAUUUCUAACCCUUUCGAAUUCAGAUGAACCUUAACUCUUUUGAAAGACAACCAUCAUUCGUUGAUGAAUUCUAAAUCUAACAUCGAUUCUGAUACGAAGAAAAACAGAGUUCAGUUGAACAAGAUCGAAGAAAAAGUUUUCUUUUCAAGUUGAAAGAAGACAUGCAAGAGAAGGGUGGGGAAAGAGAGCAGCGAAAGGGGUGUUUGCCAGACAAGUGUUGACCGUUUCUUAGACUUCGAUGAAACCCUUCCUGAUCUCUAAAGCCAAGGUCACUCGUUGUCAACCAUUAGCAAGAAGCUGGAAGGAAGAUUCAGGAUAUACGAAGAAUUUCUACGAGGAUCUCGAGACAUUGUUCGACGAUCUCGCGAUAUGAUUUAGGCCAGGGACAAAACUAUCGCGGCGUGGUAGACAACGGGGCGAGUCAAACGCAAAGCUGAGAUGACAAAUGAAAGGAAGGAGAUGUUUGGUGGCGUGGGUGGAGGGAUGAAAGUGUUUCAUUUGUAGCAGGAACGUAUCGCGAAUCUCUUCGUUCCUCUCGCCGGUGUCUCUGUUACUCACCCUCUUAUCUAUUAGAAGGAUUCCCUUGGCGUGUGUCUUCGAACAUUGCGCACGAUUCGAGUGAUUGUACGGGAUAAAUUUAUUUCUUUUUGAAAAAGAUAUCAUUUUUAAAAGAUUUUUGAAUAAAAAGUCUAAAGACGCUUGUGGUAGAAUUUCCUAAGGUCUCGAUCGUCGAGAUGGUUACUGGUAAACGGUACCGACUCCGAUCAGCCGGGAACAUGUUAAUUAGCGGUAAUUAAAGCGUGCCUCGGUCCAUUAUCCAGCGUGGAUCGGUAACUUUUGCAUUUGCUCGUACGACGUGGCUUACCACGUUACCUGGAAUCCCCUUUCCUUCGUGGACACGUACCGGUAUCAGGCGAAGGCAUAAUUAAUUUCUCUGCUUCUUGGAUUCUUAUAAUUAACGAGGAAAUAGCUAAUUAUCCAAUCAAAUUCCUUCGAUGCCGUACGAUCGAUCACGAACACGAUCCUCUUAAAAAUCCGAGCAGAUCUCAUAAA